AUGGCAGAACUGUACCAAGGCAGUGCUGCCUGCAACCGCCAUCUCCUGGAUCUUCCCAAUGAGAUCCUCCAGGAGAUUGCAGGCCAUCUCCCCACUGACUGGGAUGUUCUCCACCUCUCGCAAACUUCCAAGGAAGCAAUGGGCAAAAUCUUUGCAGGAGAGUCCCGAGUCUGGCGAUACCGAUUCGGAGCCAAUUACGAGAUUCCUCCAGGGAAAACCUUCGCACAGCUCAAAAAUGAGUAUGUCACUCGGGCCAUCGUGUUGGGAAGAACACUGGAUUUCAGACAGAGAGAAGAAUGGGCACCCAAAGAAGAACUGCGACAAGACUUCUGGAUGGAAAUUGUGCAGACCAUGCUUCAGGAAAUCCUGACCCUACCCACCAAGUCGCUCGAUUCCUCCUACACCCUCGAUUACCUCAAAGCCACGCUCAAGGACAGAGCUACCUUCCUCCAAUUUCCAAACGAGCGAAAGCAUCGCACAGAGUUGUUCUAUGCCCUGCAGCUGUGCCUGUCCGCAGUAGCCCUCGACCCUAACAUGAAACAGCACUGUCGACGCAGUGACUAUGACAUGGAAACAAUCUACUCCAUUGACAAAGGACUCUUGGCCAACCACGAGGCUGACGAUGAAUUCGACAAUACCAAUGAAUCCGAUACCUCGAGCGGGUCAACUACGCCCGUCUCAACCGCCAGCUCGGAUGAAUCUGACUCAGAAGACCAAGAACAGAGCUCAGAGCCUUCAUCCGAAGCAAGUCAACUGCCCGUCAUCAUCAGCAAGACGCCUCGGUCUUUCGUUGACCACGAGAACCUCGAUCUCGACAAGUUGUUGCAAUUCCGGGCAUUCUGGCAACGUCACCUCCUCAGCAGUGUCGAAAACACCUAUUACGACUCCUACAUGGGACUCGAAGAUUGGGUCCGCCCCGGGGUCCGCAAGUAUGAUGCCAGCGAAGGAUCCAAGCUGAGCACUUUCUGGUUGGGAUACUAUUCCUGCAUUCACCCCUUUCCCACCACACUGGAAGAACUUGAAAACCGCCAGACCUGUGCAGCUCAUGGCGAAGGACCGGAACUUAUGACCCUCGACCUGGAGGAAUCCUCGGACUUGUUCUGGCCUGCAGCUUGCAACAAGAUUGUUCCUCUCUAUGAAGGCCUCAAGACCAAGCGUGUCCCCUUCGCAGGAAAGCAGGAUACAUACGCCACCCAGGAAGAAAACCACGUCUUCGGCUUCCUUGAGCAUAUGGAGGUUGCUUAUGGCGGGAUCAGUGGUUGGCAGCGUAUCUGCUUUACUAUCUGCGAGCGGCUCGGGGACGAGUUUGCUGAAGCGAAAGAUGGCACUGAUGGCUGGGUUCAUAUUUAUGAGGCUCUUCUCAUCCCCGGUGGACGGCUGAUGGUGGGCCGCUGGGUGGACUUGAAGGAGCCCUCGGCCAAGGGUCCUUUCAUCUUCUGGUGCACCUGA